GAAUUGUUGUUUUGUUGGCUUCUCCGGGGCCACAGCUCUGGUUGUGGUUACAAUUUCUUUCCCCAGUUCUCUCGGCUCUAUGCACUUCUCUCCCUUCCCAUCGUCUAACAAUUUCUCCUUCCAAGGUUUUUCUCCCUCUCUUUCUCCAGAAAGUCAGUUCGCCUUUCAACGGGUUCCUUAACUAACUUCCCGUAAUCCAAAUUCAUCACUGUGCUUUCUGCCUUAAUUGGAGCUGUUGAAAGGGAAAUGCUGGUUGGGAUAAUUUCAUUGUGAUCUUGAUUCACUCCAUGGCACUUACUGCAAGCAAGGUUCCAACUGGUCCUGUUGUUAAUAGGAGGGUUCUAAACUCCAUUUCAUAUGGCGUCGUGCAGCAAAAUAAACUAUACCCUACAAGGCAACAUAGCACUGCACGUCCUUCAUUGCCAAAGUUUAGGUUUUCUGAUGAGGGUCUUGGAGUUGGAGGCAUAUGUCGAAAACCAGUUAGUUCAGUUGUGUCUCGGGGGUCUUCCAUGGUAUGCCUCUCAACAAGAAUAGACAGUACUGAAGCAAAAGAAUGUGUUAGAUCUUCUAGUGAUUGUUCGGAUGCAUCUGGUGCCCAUAUUGGAGAAGAGGGUAAUGAUCAUCCAGUCAUGGCUGUGAAGAUUAUUCACUCAAAUCGGGGCUUAGCAGAAGCAUGUAAAUUUGUAUGCAAUGAUGCAAAAUAUGUAAAUGAAAGGGCUCGAAAUGAUAUUGUCCUUCUUUCUCGUGGCAUAAUGAGGUUGGAUGCACGUGUGCGUCAAGAUGUUGCUAUUCUUGGCUCAGAGUUUCUUAAGCUUGAUGCUCGGGCAAGAGAGGAUACAGAGAGAAUCGACCGUAAUGUAAAGAGAAAAGCUGAGUGCCUUCAUCAUAUUGCUACUCAGAUCUUAAAAGACAAGGCUCAAUCUAGAUUAAAAAAGGCUGCUGACAAGCAUUGGAGUGAUGGAGCCUUAGAGCCUUUGACUCCUUUCCAGGCUGAUCUGCGAUAUGCUGACCUCCGUGCCAAGCAACGUGCCAUGGAAGAUGCACUAAUGGCUUUAGAGUUUGUUAAGAAUGUCCGUGACAUGAUGGUGAGCAAGAUGUACAAAUUCCCAUUGCGUUGGGAGAAAGGUUCACUAUCAGCUAAUGAUAUGAUGCUCGAGAAAAAUGGGAAAUCUCUUGAUUUCUUUCCUGGUGAAGUGUCAUCUGACCGUAUAAAUGCUAUACAGGAGGCUUACUUGAGUAUGGCAUCAGCACUCUCCGAGGCUGAUGGGAUUGACUACACUAACCCUGAAGAGCUUGAGUUGCUAGUUGCAACUCUCAUAGAUCUUGAUGCAAUGGAUGGUAAACAUAGUGUAUCAUUACUUGCUGAGUGCUCGAGCUCCCCUGAUGUUAAUACAAGACAAGCAUUGGCCAAUGCUUUGGCAGCAGCUCCUUCCAUGUGGACUCUCGGCAAUGCAGGCAUGGGAGCAUUACAGGUUGUUUGUUAUUCCUUAGUUCUGGCGUGUUACACAUAACAAUAGCUACCUUUUCUGCUCAAUGAUGCCAACUUAAUGUUUUUGGCGCGGCAAACAGAGAUUGGCAGAAGAUAGCAAUCCGGCAACUGCUGCUGCAGCAUCCAAGGCAAUUUACGAACUGAAGAAACAGUGGGAAAUAGAGGAAGGAGAUAGUUGGAGGUUCAUGAUGAAUCCCAAGCCAGUGGAAAAAAUAGAUGGAAAUGAAGGUGAUGAUGAUGAUGAUAAUACAGAUACAAACUGAGAAUUUGUUAUACUGUAGAUAUCCAUGUAGAAUCAGACAGUUUUAAGAUAAAUUGACUCAUCAUUAGAUUUGGUGGGUACAAGAAAACUAAUGUAACAAGAAUGCUCCAACUUGCCUAUAAUGCAGUAUCUUAUUUAUACUUGUUCAUUUGAUAUGACCUCCUUUGAUUUUAUAAUAAUGUCAAUUUCAGUGU